AUGAAAACCAUCUUUUUGGCAAUUAUUUUACUACUUGUUAUUAACGUAUCUGGUCAAGGCCACAUGAUUUCACCUUUGAUACGUAUUCCACAUGGCGAUGUAGAAAAUAAUUUAUCCAUUACUCGCUCUCCAACAUCUUCAUACCCUUGCGGACCAAGUCAGAAUAUUGGUCAUGUUCUAACACAUUACAUUUCUGGACAAUCUGUCAACAUCAAAUGGGAAAUUGGAGCUGUACACGAAGGUGAAUGCUUUAUUGACCUUUCAACGACUGGAUAUGACACUGAUUUCAAAACUAUUGGAUCUAUUCAAAAUUGUGCGGAUAAAAUUGGAGAGGAUUUCCAAUCAAUGAUUCAAUUACCAAUUAAUGUUACUUGCGAUCAUUGUACAUUACGCUUCAGAUGGUUAGCUAAAUUAACAGGCGAAACCUAUUUAAAUUGUGCUGAUGUAUCUAUUUCGGAUCCUCAAAAAGGAUUAAAUAUACAAAAAAUGAAUCGCAAACGUGCUUGUCGAACUUGUUAUGGUAGAGGUGGUUCAGUUAAACGGUCUCUUAACAGUAAACGAUUUUUAUAA